AUGAAGUUCUUAUUGAGUUCUUACUAUCAACUUCUCAUUCGAUUCUUUUCAGGCGACACUAAAAACUGGGGAUUCAAUUUGGAAGAAGAUUUGAGUAAUCUUGUUUACGAAAACCUCCACCGCGAUAAUAAAGAAUUCACGGAAGAAGUUGCCGAUGACGUCAUCAGAAAACUGAAACUGAGUAAAGUGCGUGUUGAUUUUGACGAGUAUGAUGCACCUAGAUGCCGAGUCCUCAAUGCACAGAAAACGUUGAAAGAAUUGGAACUUCGUGAAUUAAGAGGAGCCAGAGAUUUUCAUGAUGCCAUAAUUUCUGAAGGAACAGAUAACGAACUAGCUAUUGUUGAUAUCGCCAAGUUAUUAGAAGCAAUUAUCGGUAAAGAGAGUGGGGAGACUAUGAGGACGUUGGAAAUUGAUGGAACCGAAACAUUAUUUGUUCAAAAUGAAUAUAUUUCUAAGAUCCAUACCUUGGUUCCAAAACUGGAAAAUCUGAUUCUCUUCAGUUGUGAUCUCCCACCUCGAGAAUUCAGGAGCCUCUGCACUUUAUUCACUUCUCUGAAAAGACUCGACUUAUGCGAUACGAAAAUCUCCAGUUUGGAUGGUAUUUCGAAUCUUCCAAAUCUUGAGCUCCUGAACUUGGCUGAAUCCAUUUUUAAUCAGAGGGGUAAUAUGACGGAUCUAUUUCAGUUGCGAAACCUCAAAGUGCUGAACAUUCGUGCAUAUGAUACUGAGAGACCCGUACACAACUUCAAACGUUAUCUAAGUCAUGUUAAAUCCGGCAGAACUCUUCCCGAGUUGAGAAUGAUAGACAUUGGAAACAACUAUGUAGAUUUGGAAGAUAUUAUACUUUUGAUUGAAACUCAUCCGAAGUUAGAGCAAAUCAGUUUGAUAGGAGUAAAUUCCCCUUCGAUUCUUCUGAAACUGUUCGACAAAUGUGAUUACUUUAUGGAACGUUCAAGGCUGCCUACUGACAAAGAUUAUAGAGAAUGUUUAGAAACUAUGUUUCCAUUAACACAAUACAACAUCCCUCUCAUUCGGGAUAGCGCAUUCAGAUGUAUGCAAUGCAUUGGGUGGAGACCUCGGGUAUUAAGCUAUGAAGAGAAGCGGAGGCUUAUUCAAAUACUGCAUGAUCAGUUAAUUGAAUACUCCCCAGCAACUGAGAGCGAUGAUGAAAUAGCUUGGGAAUGCACAUGGUUCAUUUUUCAAUGCGCUGGAUUUCUUGAAACGACACAGGAAAAUAUGGAUAACAUAUGCCAAUUAGCAGCAGAAAACUUGACACGCACUGCAGAUAUUGGACUGACCACCCCGAAAUAUUGCUUGAAUGUAGUGAUAAGGUUGUUGAGGAAAAUGACUCCCCAGCGUGCGUUGGCAAUGGCUACGAGUCUAAAUCUGAAAUCUCACCUUGUCGACCUUCUUUCCGGACAGAACCAGGAUUCGAUUGGAAUUAAGACAGUCUACAAGUUCUUCAAAGUUAUAAAUGCAUUGACCUCUAUUGAACGAGAAAAACGCUCGGAUCCAUUGCAAAUUAGUGUCGAUGAAAAAUGUAUUUUCACAUUGAUGCAGUCUGUAUCGGAUUUAUUCUUCGAGGUGAAAGUGCUGAAGCCUUUGAGUAUGCUUACGGACUAUGUGCAACGCAUUGACACGUCUGUUUAUGCAGUGUUCUUCCAGAAUUUUUCGAAAUUCCUUUUACCUUUCAUCCUGUCCAGAAAGACUCAAAAACAAAGGCGUGUGAUAUCACUUCUCGGGAUAAUGAUGUGUUGUGUGGAUCAAAACGCGUCUCGACUCACGGGUGACACAAUAACCGAGAUUUGCAUGCAUAUCUAUGAGUACGAUAGGAAGGAAGACGGGUUAAAAGUUUUCGAAUGGAUUGUGAAGAAGUGUGAGUCAAAAGAAGCAGCUGAGUGGGCAAGAUGGGUUUCCGGACGGUGUGGUGUGGAAAUAGAAGAAGAGGAUGAAAAGGAGGAGGAGCCAGCAGCAAAGAGAGUAAAAUCGUUAUAA